GCAGGAUUUUCUCGACAUGUUGUGGUAUCGUGAGUGAAAUUCGAGUGGUCAUUUUUACCCGCACGGUUUCAUAAUGUUGUUUAGCGGAUCCGAAGCCCUGAGGCUCAAUAAUGAAAGUCGUCUUGCUUGGAACCUGGCUGAUUGUUCGUUUUGCUCUCUGUAUAAAAUGCGAGUUGGUUAUCAAUGCCAAGAAUCAGGGAGGAGAAUUGGUAACAGAAACCCUCUUCGCUAACACGUCGGAUGACACAGUUAUGCUGGAGCUUCGGAAAACUGACGGCACGCAUGUAACUGUGUUAACAGACUUCAAGAAUAAUGCGAAUGUAUUUCGUCUAAUGAUUUUGGGGGAGGAGGAGCUAGGAGAACAAGCACACAAAGUUCUAUGUUUCCUGCUGCGAGUCCCGAUUCCGGAUGUUAUACCACCCGAAGCGAUGUCGAAAUUACGUCAAAAAAACCCUGGGACGGUCCGAGUUCCGGAAGAUGAUAAAGGCUUAGUCGAAACAGUUAUGGAUGUGUCGCUAUUGCCCGAGGUUCUCGGACCCGUAGAUAAGCACGCAUUAUCUCCCCAUCUUCCGUCUCUUUGUGGAGAAACUGUCAGUUCAGUUUACGCCAAGGAAGACGAUGUGAAAUUUUGGCAUGAGCGGGAUGCGGUUGCAGAUGUUGUCGUGAGUUAUGCCCGAUUAAAUCCAGAUUCCUUGUUGCGAUGCAAAGACUUGGUCAGUCCUGAUGACGCAUGUGUUUGCCGUUCAGUUGUGUCGAUCCCUUGUCGUCAAGUGAUCAUGAGUGACAGCCGUUUGCACUUCUUGAACAAGUACGUGGAGGGAAUCCCAGAUACUGGUGUCGAUGUGGACUACGACAGCAACGCCCACCCAACUCCCGAAGAGAUUUGCGGUCCGUUUGCUACGUAUGCGUGAAGAGCAACCCUUCCUUUAGAUGCGGCUCAUUAUGUGAGGAAAUCGGGUUAAAAUAUUGUGCUUUUCCUCCUACACUUGGGAUAUUUUCUCUGUUUGAAACGUUCUAAAGCAAUUUUCUUCUAUUUUAUUCGUGGAUCUGAUGUUCAUAAAGGAAGAUCCCCAUCCACGGUUACUUGUUUUGGCUUCAGUGUUUCAGUAACUUAUUUACGCUAUUAGUGUAUGCGUGGGAUUCGCAUGCAUCCCAAUAUCUCUGUGAUUUGCGUGUAAAUCGUUCAUAUUCACGUAAAAUUGAGAUUCUUUUUGAAACAUUUACUUUUGAUACGUUUGGAUUGGACCAUUUUGUCACUUGGAUCCAUCGACUCCAUUCAUGAUAAACUGAUUAAUGCAAUACUUUGUAUCUAACGCAUAUGAUUGCUCUGUUGUUCGAUGACGGCAGUCGAGCAUUGAUCUACUCUUGCAGAUGUCCUCAGGAUAUUCAUGUCUGUUGAAUGUGUGUCGAAUGUACUGUGAACACUUCGUCUGUUUUUGAUGUUUGCACGUCUUUCUCGGAAUGUUUACAAACGGAAAUAGUUUUGAUAUGCACCAAUUGACUGAUGGGCUAAUUAAAUCAUCCGAAAUUGGGCAUAGCGUCAGCCGAGACUGGUCUACAGUGCAUAUUCCUUAUUCACAAUAAGUCAUCACCAGUGGGAUUUAGUAAACGAAUCGUGCAAGUUAAUUUUCUAGUUUAGAAACAGUUUUGGGUAAAUUAGCCGGAAAUGGGAAGUGCUCAUGGUUCCUGAAAGGAUAAAUCUGUGGGAUUCAGUUGACGAUUUUUACCUCGUUAAAUUUCGAUGCGUAGCAAAUAAAGAAUCUGGUCUUCGUCUAGUUAACAAAUAGAUAUCAUGUUCUGAACGCACCAGCUCGAGACUUUCUUCUCUUUACUUUUUGAAACCGCAUAUUCCCGAUUUUCUCCGGAGCAUCCCGAGAAGAACUUGAAUUAAAGCAAUGGAAGUUUGUUUCAGUGCAAGAAGGACAGGUGUGAUGUGAGGGUCCUUGCGAUGGUUUUGAUUAUCGAAAUUUUGAUAGCUGCCUGGGAGGAGGCGUCGAGUAGGAUUUCCGUGGUCGUCCUAUCAGAUUAUUCGUGCACUCCGAAUGUGUCGAUUGCCAGCUUGUUGUGACAAUCGUUGCUUUGAAUUCUGAUAGAUUGAUUCUGCGCUUAUCAUCCAGUUCGUAGUUUUAUCGAAUUUUUUCUGCUAUGUGAUCUCACUGUUCGAAGCCGCGUACGCGAUUCUCGUAUUUGGAAGAGUAAAGUUUUCGAACGGAGA